GUAGAGUAGUAUGUUAGUAUGACAUACCCACAAUUAUUUUGACAAGUUUGUGACUGAUGCAAAAAUAUUCAAUUUUACGUACGUAAACAUUUAGUAAAUAUUCUAAAUCUGGCAUCAAUAUUAUGAUUCAGCAAUUAAUAUUUUGUCAAAGAAAUUUUUUUACUUCAAGAAGUAUCAGACCUGCUACUUAGAAACAGUUCCCCCAUUUCCUCACUGUCAACUUGCCGUCCGUAUCCAUUUUGCUACGUGCCUCGCCUUAGCUCUUUACCUAAAAGGAAGUCUGUACGAGAGGUUUAGGAAGUUAUAUCCACAAAAGUGAGGUUAGGAUGGCCGGUUUACUGACAAAAAUUUGUAGAAGUGUACCAGAAGUGUCUGCCGUGAAAAAUGGAAUUCUAGCACCCCUAGUACACGUUCAAAAUCGUAACUAUGCCAGUAAACGAGUGGAAGUCGCCAAACCAGUCGUCGAACUUGACGGAGAUGAAAUGACCAGAAUAAUUUGGGAAAAAAUCAAGGAAUCACUCAUCUUCCCUUAUCUAAAAGUUGAAUGUAUUUAUUUCGAUUUGGGACUUCCUAAUAGAGAUCAAACUGAUGAUCAAGUUACUAUUGAUGCAGCUCAUGCUAUAUUAAAACACAAUGUUGGUAUCAAAUGUGCUACUAUUACUCCUGAUGAACAGCGUGUAGAAGAAUUUAAAUUGAAGAAAAUGUGGGCAUCACCAAAUGGUACCAUAAGAAACAUCCUUGGCGGAACAGUAUUUAGGGAACCCAUUUUGUGUAAAAACAUUCCAAGAUUAGUACCUGGAUGGACCAAACCUAUGAUAAUUGGUCGACACGCCCAUGGUGAUCAGUAUAAGGCAGUUGAUUUUGUUGUCGAUAAACCCGGCAAGGUGGAACUAGUUUAUACUACCGAUGAUGGUGCAGAAAAGAGAUUCAAUGUUUUCAAGUACAAAACUCCUGGUAUUGCGUUAGGAAUGUAUAAUACAGAUCAAAGUAUUCGAGAUUUCGCUCAUUCCUCUUUCCAGCUUGCACUACAAAAAGAGUACCCAAUGUAUUUAUCAACUAAAAAUACAAUUUUGAAAAAAUAUGACGGCAGAUUUAAGGAUAUCUUCCAGGAAAUUUAUGAAAAGCAAUACAAAGCCGAUUUCGAAGCUAAGAAAAUAUGGUACGAACAUCGUUUGAUCGACGACAUGGUAGCGCAAGCUAUCAAAUCUUCAGGAGGUUUUGUUUGGGCGUGUAAAAACUACGACGGAGACGUACAAUCAGAUAUUGUCGCUCAAGGUUAUGGAUCUCUAGGUAUGAUGACUUCAGUAUUGAUGUGCCCGGAUGGUAAAACUAUUGAAUCGGAAGCGGCUCACGGGACUGUUACGAGACAUUACAGACAGCAUCAGAAGGGUCAACAAACUUCUACAAAUCCUAUCGCUUCCAUAUUCGCUUGGACGCGUGGAUUGAUCCACCGCGGACAAUUGGACGACAACAAAGAUCUCACGAAUUUCGCGAAACAAUUGGAAAAAGCUUGCGUCGAUACCGUGGAAAGUGGAAAAAUGACCAAAGAUCUGGCGGCUGCAAUUCACGGAUUGCCUAAUGUUAACGAAGGAAUGUACUUGAGCACCCAAGACUUCUUGGAUGCAAUUGCGGAGCAAUUGAAAAAAACAGUGUGAUAUUUUAAAAGUAAAUGUAAAUAUAGGAUAUCCCGGAGAUAUAACAAUAUUUAUAGAUAUUGGUUUUAUCUUUUCUGUCAUAAGUAUUGUGUAAAAAUGUCUGAAAGAAAGUAUUAUUUUGUAAACUUGCAUUUCAGGAAGAAUUUGCAAUGUGAAAAGUAUUAUUUUCGGGGAUAUCCUUUGUGGGGAGGGGGGACCUCAUUUAUCAAAUUAUUUUCUUUUCACUUUCAGCCUCUUGCUUUAGAAAAAUUUUAUCAUCACUUUUUUCCAUCUGACACACUUAGCGGUAAUUUAUCUUUGUCUAUUGUAAGAAUCGACUGUAUUAUAUAAGUUUUGAAAGUGGAAUAAAAACAGGUAUUUUUUUAAUAAA